GGUUCAAAAUAUUUUUACAUGGAACAAAUCUUUCAAGCGACAUGCGGCUUGUUGGAUUUAUUGGUUUUGAACUUGUAUGGUAAAGAUAGUUUGGCAGAAUGGGCAUCCAGGACCGAGCGAACGCUCUCCAUAAUAGUAGAUGUCAUUCCGAUUUGCAUUGUGCUAUCUUUGAGUGAUUAUAAGAGAAGAUCUCACAGGGAAAAUCCAAGUUCAUUGGAAUCAAGAGACAAUUUUACAAGAAAAUAA